GGUUCUUAUCGCUUUGUUUAUGCUUAAGUUUUUUACUACCCAGUCUGACAGUUUUCAGCAGCACAUCUUUUUGUAUAAAUAAAGGCGCACGCUCUCCAAAGUAGCACUAAUCAGCUGCUGCUGCUAGAAGAAUACUUUAAAAAUAGCGAUUUGAUCUUUAAAUAUUGACUAUAGCAACGAAUAACAAACAAUGACUUUGAAUCUAGAUGAGUGUUACAAUCAUGUGUAUGGUUUGGUGGAAGAAGCUGGCAAGCUAAUUGCUGCUAGAAACUAUGGAAAGAAAAGCAUGGUAGAGAAAUCGAGCGAUAUCGAUUUGCUUACAGAAACUGACCAACAGGUAGAACGUCUGCUAAUGGAUGGAAUUACAAGCAAGUAUCCAGAUCACAAAUUUAUUGGGGAGGAAGAAACUAGUGCAGGGAAAAAAGCAGAGCUGACAAAUGCACCAACCUGGAUAAUUGAUCCUGUCGAUGGAACUAUGAAUUUUGUCCACAGUUUUCCACACUCAUGCAUAUCGAUUGCUUUGCUGAUUGAAAAGAUCACAGAAAUCGCUAUUAUUCAUAACCCGGUGUUAAAUCAAACAUUCACUGCACGAAGAGGUAAAGGAGCGUUUUAUAACGAUAAACCAAUCAGGGUUUCUGGUGAAACUAGAAUAGAACGUGCGUUGGCAACAACUGAGUUUGGAACAAGUCGGGAUGAAGAAAAGACUUCUGUUGUUCUGGAGAACAUUGGUAAACUCGUUCGGGUUGUGCAUGGAAUACGUAGCACGGGAUCUGCUGCUUUAAACAUAGCAAUGGUCGCCCUUGGAGGUGCAGACUUCAACUAUGAGUUCGGUAUUCAUGCAUGGGAUAUUGCCGCUGGAGAUCUGAUUGUGCGGGAAGCUGGUGGUGUUUGUCUAGAUCCAGCUGGCGGGCCGCUGGACUUAAUGUCCCGUCGUUUUAUUUGCGCCAGCACCCAGGAGUUAGCAGACAAAGUAAUUGCUCUUAUAACACAAUACUACCCUCAACCGACGGACUAAAGUUCGAGGGUGAAUUUUCGAAUUUAGUAAAAAAUGUUAUACUUACAUAAGUAGCGUCACAUGUUUGUGAUUUAUGUAAUUCAAUUUGUAAUGUAUUCCCAACAUAAUUAAAUGUUUAUGUUACAGGUAUCAGGUCGAAGAAGAAUCAACAUUGAAAACCAAUUGACUCUUCAACGAUCUGGACACUUUUUUUUAAAUAUGUUGAUUUAAAACGUAUCUCCAUAUGUAGACAAAAUAGAUUCCAUAGAACUAUAUUUUAAUGUGAUUAUUGCAACAUCGUGACCAUAUACUUGAAUUGAAUAAAUUCGAAUACCAAUAAUA